AUGAAGUACCUCGUGUUGCUUGGACGGCUGCCUGGCGAGGGUCUAUGGGCCACAGCGGAGAGCUACAGCGGGCUUGUGGAGGAGAUUAAAGAGGCAUUCGGAGACGACUACAACCCCAUCUUCAAGUACCAGCUUCCAUGUAACCCAAAAACCAUCGGGCAUUCGAAUGGCACAUGCCACAUCAUCAUUGAUGACGAGGAUGAUUUUCAAAUAUGGAAGAAUGGCUGCGUCCCCGUUGCGCAUCACCGUGAUCCGCUGGAUGACAUUUAUCAUCCGUCCACACCACUCACCACAAAGUUGUAUGUGUUUAGAAAGGAUGUAAGUUAUUUCUCUGCCUCCGCAUUGAGGGAGUCCGGCGGUGCGAGUCUCCAGGUAGCAUUGGGGAGUAAGGUUGAGCGUUCUAGUCCCGAAGUACUGCACGCGGAGCACGAUGUUGUGAAGGUGCCGCUAUAUUCAUUGCUUUUGCCGCUCCUUCUAGUUAAACUUGGAGUGCGUGUGGCACUUCGACACAGCAACGCGGCAGAGGCCAUUUUGCUCAGCAGCCGAUCUGUGGCUGGCACAGGUGAGGGUCACUGGGGCUGGGCAGUGCGUAAGGCCCAGUCUGCGUGGGGGGUACUUCGCCCCUCCUUCCGCUACCUGGACAUUGACCAUGGCGUUACGGCAAUGAACAUAUUUAACGUGCGUGAUUACAUGUUUUGGAGUCACGGAGUGGGCCGCGAGAGGGUGGAGUUGAUGGUGCUUGAACAUGUGUAUCGUGAUGCAGCCCACAUUUCUUAUCCCUUGCGUUUUUUGACUCCACAGAGCGAGAGGAUUUGCAUGGCUGAGGUGACGGGGGAUGCUCCCCCCACAGUUUCCGCCUCGCGGGUGGGCGGGGGUCUUAAGGGCGAGCGUGGCUACACCGUUGCCGUGGAGGCGACUGUUCGAGGGGUGGAUUGCGGGUUGUAUGGCCCCUCGUUCACCACUGAUGCAAGAAUUUCUCCCAAACCCUCCACCGCGGACGCUGAUGUGGAGAAUUCCCUAGUGCAUCACCGAAAUCUCGUUGCCUUCCUCCUUCGGAGUGAGAUUUUCUAA